AUGUGUUCUGCUUCUCUGGCAACUGUAAGACUGGUUGGAAGUCUACAAGGAUGGAAGUGGGAUGGUAGGGUCGAGGUAUUACAUAACGGCAUCUGGGGCACCAUCUGCUCUGACGGGUUUGACACCCAAGAUGCUUCUGUGGUCUGUCGUAUGAUCGGGUCUCCGGCGAGACAUCCCAUAAUAAAAUCCAGUGCUGGUUAUGGGGAGGGAUCUGGGACUAUCUGGAUGGACGAUGUAAGCUGUACUGGUACAGAGGAUGACCUUCAGAACUGUGUAUUCAAUGGAUGGGGGGUGAACAACUGUGCACAUGGCGAAGAUGUCGGUGUUAAUUGUAAUGUCAACGCAAUAAGAUUGGUAAAUGGUUCCGAUAUACAGGAAGGACGUCUUGAAGUUUUCAGAGGUACAUGGGGCACCGUUUGUGAUGAUUACUUCAGUGACAAAGAUGCUGAAGUUGUAUGCAGAAUACUCGGUUACCAAAACAUAAUUCCUACGGCAAUAAGCAUAGCUAGAUAUGGCGAAGGGUCAGGAACUAUAUGGAUGGACGACGUUAAAUGCACAGGAACUGAGACGGACAUAGGAAGUUGUCCAUUUAAUUCAUGGGGACAUCAUAACUGUCAGCAUUCAGAGGAUGCAUCCGUGAAAUGUGAAAUAAGAUAUGAUACCCGUAUUAGAUUGGUGGGAGGUCGUCAUCCGUAUGAGGGGCGUUUGGAAAUACAUACCAAUGGUGGAUGGGGAACUGUUUGUGGUCGGAAUUUCGAUAUCUAUGACGCAGAAACAUUGUGUCAUUGUCUUGGCUAUCCAAUAUCGUUUCCAAGAAUAUUUACAACUCAACAGUUCAGUCGGGGUACAGGUCAUAUACUCAUGACUCAUGAGAGUUGUACCUCGGUAAACUGUGGGCCCUCAUGCUGGAGUACAGCCUCUCACUGUACUCACGACGACGACAUUGAGUUGUCCUGUGGGGUGGGAUCCCAACUUCCUCCUCACAUUAUCAUUAUGUCACACAAAAUAAGUGGCUCGACAGCACUGACUGUAUCAAGGCUAACGGGGAUGUAUCUUCGUGUUCGGUUAGCAGCCAUUACGCCAGUGCGUGCCAACCAACAGCUGCGUCAAGCGUGA